AUGAAAUCUCUCACAUUUGUUUCUUCGUCGUCUGGCCUUUGGUUUCUCUUUGCUUCAUCACUAUGCACCUUUUGUUUCUCUACUCAAAACAUAAAUAAUAUAUUAUGUAUAAGUAAUGAAAGAUCGGCGCUUCUUCAGUUCAAGAACAAUCUCAUCGACCAAGCCAACCGCCUCUCUUCUUGGGCCGGUCAAGACUGUUGCCGUUGGUCCGGUGUCGUCUGUGAUAACUUCACCGGUCACGUUCACGAGAUUCGCCUUCGUGGACCUGAUGACAGAAUUCGCGGCCACUGCCAUGGAUCUUAUGAUACCGAUGAUGAACUUAAAGAAGCAUCAAAACAAAUGUUAGGAGGAAUAUUAAGUCCUUCUUUGAUCAAUCUAAGACAACUCAGAUACCUAGAUUUGAGUUGCAACGAUUUCGGAUCCAGUAAGAUUCCGACGUUCAUCGGUUCUUUUCAGAAUCUUAGCUAUCUUAAUGUCUCAAACUCGAGAUUCUAUGGGGAAAUCCCCCAUCAUCUUGGGAAUCUAUCCCUGCUGCAUGUUCUAGAUCUUCACAGUGAUCCUUUUUCCACAAAUCCUUACUCGAAAAGUUUGAAAUGGUUAGAAAAUCUGAAAAGGUUGCAACACCUAGAUAUGAGUAGCAUCGACCUAGCAAGAGCUUCAGAUUGGUUACAGGUGAUCAGCAGUCUCCCUUCUUUGAUAAAACUACACUUUUCCUCUUGUGGGUUAACUCGAAUUCCCACUAAUCCAACUAAAGUUAGUUUUACUUCCCUUAGGGUCCUAGAUCUUUCGGAUAACAUCUUUGAUGGUUCUUUGUUGCCUGGGUGGAUUUUCAGUCUACAUAAUCUCGUUGUAUUUGAUCUUUCUGGUUGCUUUAUCAGUGGUAUAAACCCCGAUACUCGUGGGGGUUUCCAUAGCAUGCCGUCUUUGAGUACCCUUAGUGUUACAUCUAACACUUUUGUGAAUUCUACGUCGAUACUGGAUGGGUUGUCUAGGCUAAGUAAUCUUCAUUUUCUUGAUCUUAGUAACUGCAAUCUUUCUAGUCCCAUUCUUGGAAACCUUCGAAACUUGUCUUUGAUUGUUCAUAUUGAUUUAUCAAACAAUGAAAUUGUCGAGAAGAUACCUAAAUCUUUAAGCAAUCUUUGCAAUUUGACUACCCUUGAUCUGCAAUCUAACGGAUUUCAUGGAGAUGUAUCAGAGCUUCUUGAAAACCUUUGUGAAUGUGAGUCUCCUAAACUGGAAUUGUUAGCCUUACGUGGAAAUUAUCUCAGUGGUCGACUACCAAAAAAACUAGGAAGGUUGAAGAAUUUGGGCAGCAUUGAUGUUGCAUACAAUAAUUUCACAGGGACUAUUCCGGAUUCUUUAGGAAGUUUGUCACUUUUGCAGACAUUGCAGAUGAAUAUAAAUCAACUUGAAGGUUCGAUCCCAGAUACAAUUGGUCGUUUAUCGUCUCUGAACUUCUUUGAUCUUUCCUAUAACAAGUUGAGUGGAAGUCUUCCUGAAAGUAUUGGACAACUUGGGAAACUAAUUUUUGCAAGUCUUCAUCACAAUUCAUUAACGGGUAUUGUGACCGAACACCACUUUGCCAAUCUAUCAGCCUUGACAACUUUGUGGGUUGGGGACAACAAGUUAGAGUUUAAGCUAGAUGUUACCAAUUGGAUUCCGCCUUUCCAACUUGAGGUGUUGAGAAUUGGUUCUUCAAGUUUAGGCCCUCAUUUUCCAUCGUGGGUGCGGUCACAAGCAAACUUGACAGAGCUAGAUUUAGCCAAUGCAAACAUAUCAGACACCAUCCCCAUUUGGAUCUGGAGCGCAUUCUCUAGUCUAACGUUCUUAAACAUAUCCCACAAUAACAUUUUAGGUAAGUUAGGAGAUGUUAGUUUUCUUACACCAGGAGCAAAACUAGAUCUAAGUGCCAACCAUUUUUACGGCCCAUUACCUCAUAAUUUCAGUACACCUGACUUAGAAUUUCUUGAUCUUUCAUACAAUAAUCUUUCGGGAUCUAUUGAUCAAUUUCUGUGUUCUAGCAUUCAAGAACCACGACAGUUAAAAGUUCUUGUUCUAGGAAACAAUAACCUGUCAGGUGUUAUCCCAAAUUGUUGGAUGAAUUGGGGAUCUCUAGAAAUUCUGGACCUACAAGAAAACAAGUUAUCUGGUCAAAUCCCGUCUUCUCUAGGAAAUAUUUCUUCCCUAGUAUCAUUAGCAGUGCGCAACAAUAGGCUAUCUGGGAAUAUACCAGUGUCUCUAUUAAAUUCCAAGAGCUUGGUAAUCAUUGAGCUUGCUGAAAAUCGACUUUCUGGGAGAAUACCAACAUCAAUAAGAAGAGAUGAUACGAGUUUGAGACUUCUAAGUCUUCGUUCGAACAAAUUAGAAGGUGAAAUCCCAAAUGAAAUAUGUGGUCUUAGUUCUCUUCAGAUCUUGGAUCUUGCUCAUAAUGAUCUUUCUGGGAACCUACCAGCAUGCUUCAGAAAUUUCAGCGUCAUUUCUGGUAGGAAUAAGUCAAGUCCAAUUAUUCUUUACGAUACUAUUUUUCAAAAUCAAGUGAUAGGCAGCGCGUCGUUGGUGGUAAAGGGACAAGUGUUUCCAUAUAGCACCAUUCUUUAUCUAGUGACAACAAUAGACCUUGCUAAUAACAAGUUUUCUGGGUCAAUUCCUGAUGAGCUUUUGGCACUCCCGGGCUUACGGUACCUGAAUUUGUCACGAAACAACCUAACAGGGAGUAUUUCUCAGAGGAUUGGUGAAAUGAGACAGCUUGAAUCUCUAGAUUUGUCCAUGAAUCAUCUUAAUGGGAGAAUUCCAUCGAGUUUUUCGGUGUUAUCUAGUCUGAAUUUAUUGGACUUGUCGAACAACAGUCUUACGGGAAGAAUCCCAACAAGCACUCAACUCCAGAGCUUCAAUGAAUCUAGCUUCAUUGGCAAUGCACUUUGUGGGGCUCCUCUUGCAGACUGUGGACAACCUACUGACGAUCCAAAUGGGACUAAAGAGGAAGAUGAUGAAUCCGAUAGCAUCGAUUGGAUCUUAGUGAUUGUUACAAUCGGUGGAUUGAUUGUUGGCUUUUGGAUCAUGAUUGCCCCAUUGCUCGUUAGCAAACAAUGGAGAAAUGCUUACUAUCAUUUUCUUGACAAAAUGAGGAUCAAGAUUCUAGACUCAGUCCUUCUCAAUUACAAUUGCUUUAAAAGAUGUGAACCAUUUCAUGGAACUCGGAGCUCCACGGAUCAAGUUCAAAAAUUUGAAUUAUCACAAUACAUUUACGACCAACCUGAAGGCUUUUAUCAUAAUAAGGCAGUUCAUGAAGCUAGUAGCUCGACAAACUCAGUUUAGCGAUCACCUUUGUUGUGAUGACCUGGAAUUCAAAUGACAUUGGUUGAGAACUGCAGAGUAUAAUGAUAAUAAAGAAAAAGGGAAAAUAUGAUUUGUUUCUCUAUAUGCAUAGCUAUAUGAAGAUCAAUCUGUGGAUGUAUUUUGGAAGUCAAAUGUUAUGUGAAAUUUUUG